AUGAUGUUGGAGAAAGACGAGCUGGGUCUAAGCUUAGGCUUGAAUAUUCCCACUAAACAGAUGAAUCUCAAAUCCAGUCCUUCUGUUUCCGUUACUCCAUCUUCUUCUUCUUUUGGACUACUCCGAAGAUCUUCCUUGAACGAGAGUUUUAAUUCUUCAGUUCCAAACUCAGAUUCCUGUCGUACAGAAACAAGAACGUUCUUCCGUGGAAUCGAUGUGAACAGACCACCGUCUACGGCGGAAUACGGCGACGAAGAAGCCGGAGUAUCUUCACCUAACAGCACAGUCUCAAGCUCCACCGGAAAAAGGAGCGAGCGAGAAGAAGAUACAGAUCCGCAAGGCUCAAGAGGAGGAAUCAGUGACGAUGAAGACGGUGAUAAUUCGAGGAAGAAGCUUAGACUCUCAAAAGAUCAAUCUGCUAUUCUCGAAGAGACCUUCAAGGAUCACAGUACUCUUAAUCCCAAGCAGAAGCAAGCUUUGGCUAAGCAAUUAGGCUUAAGAGCUAGACAAGUGGAAGUUUGGUUUCAGAACAGACGAGCAAGAACGAAACUGAAGCAGACCGAGGUGGACUGCGAGUUUCUACGGCGAUGCUGCGAGAAUCUAACGGAAGAGAACCGUCGGCUUCAGAAAGAAGUAACGGAGUUAAGGUCACUUAAGCUCUCUCCUCAGUUCUACAUGCACAUGAAUCCACCCACCACUUUGACCAUGUGCCCUUCGUGCGAACACGUGUCGGUCCCACCACCACCACCACAUCAGGCUGCCACGUCAGCGAAUCACCACCGGUCGUUGCAGGUCAAUGCGUGGGCUCCUGCUACGAGGGUUUCUCACGGCUUGACGUUUGACGCUCUUCGUCCUCGGUCCUAG